AUGCAAAUUGUUUGGAAGGACUCAAGUGAUGAAGUCUCGUAUGAUCAUGUCCGAUUGAGCCGUGUGUUCAACUUGCAUCAACCGGGGCACUUCCCGAGGGCUGUGAUCGAUGCCACCUCCGCGGAGGAUAUAGUGGCAGGCGUCAAACUAGCAAUUCAACAAGAUUGUCGAGUCGCUGUCCGUUCUGGUGGUCACUCUAUCUUUACCUGGAGUCUCCAUGAUGAUUCAAUUCUCAUAGACCUUGGCAAUUGGAAAGAUAUUGUUGUGGCAGCAGAUUCGAACAUCGCUAGAGUUACGAGCAGUGUGACAGGCCAAGAGCUUAACACUCGUGUGCAGGCACAUGGGCUAAUGUUCCCAGCUGGUCAUUGCCCAGAUGUAGGGCUUGGCGGGUUCUUGCUUCAGGGUGGCCAAGGGUGGAAUUGUCGAGUAAGUUGA